AUGACAGUCUGGACACGUCUAAGUUAUUAUUUGUUAUUAUUUGAAUCGUGCAUUACAUUUAAAGUUAAAGGUUAUAAUUUUGGAUUUAACAAUAGUUAUACCUGUGAUUGUUUAAAUAAUAAAACGUGUGAUACUGUUAUAAUUUCAAGAUUUAACAAUAGUUAUACCUGUGAUUGUUUAAAUAAUAAAACAUGUGAUACUGUUAUAAUUUUAAGAUUUAACAAUAGUUAUACCUGUCAUUGUUUAAAUAAUAAAACAUGUGAUACUGUUAUGAUUUUAAGAUUUAACAAUAUUUAUACCUGUCAUUGUUUAAAUAAUAAAACAUGUGAUACUGUAACUAGUGUUGGCUAUAAGAAUAUAGCAUAUAAAAAACCAGCUAAUCAAUCUGGUCAGGAAACAGAAACAGGACCACAGGAAGCAGUAGAUGGUAGUAAAAGUAUUAGAUCAUAUUUCGAUUGUAUUGAUACUGGUUAUUCACCAUGGGCGUGGUGGCUGGUUGAUCUUGGUCGGUUGUUUUCUCUAAGAUAUUUGAAAAUAUACUACAGAUCAGGCACUUCCAACCCCCUAUGCAAACAAGAGUUUUGCGGACCUUGCUCGUUUGAGAUGGCAAAUCUUAAACUACAAAUGGCGUAA